AUCUUCUUUUCCUUUUCCUUUACCUUCCUCGUUUCUUCCUUUCAUUUCAUUUUAUUGCUUUUAAGCUAUGAGUCAUGUGCCUGGAAAAAUAGGUCGAUUUGCCCUCCGAUUUUGCUCCGAACAAUCGUUCGUGUACCGGUUAUUGUUUGGCCCUGACCCACACAAGGUGCGCCCCAAGGUGUUGGUCAUGAUUACAUUCCUACUGUCCGUUAAUGUGGCAGUGUGGGUAGUGGCAGCAAUAGUCUACAAUCCAUACCCAUCUAUGCUUGGAACAGGUGCAUUAGCAUAUACACUAGGCCUGCGACAUGCAGUUGAUGCAGACCAUAUAUCGGCUAUCGACAAUGUCACCAGAAAACUACUCAACGACAACCAACACCCAGUGAGUGUCGGUCUGUUUUUCUCUCUCGGACAUUCGACAAUCGUGUUUAUCACUGCGAUCAUUGUAGCCGCCACUGCGAAUGCGGCUGCCAAUGGACUGGAAAACUUUUCAGAAAUCGGAGGCGUUAUUGGAACAUCUGUUUCGAUUGUGUUCCUGACCUUGAUCGCGACUCUUAAUAUCAUUGUUCUGGUGGGGGUUGUAAAGACCCUCCGUCGCGUCAAACGAGAGGGAGUCUAUACUGAGCUAGACAUUGAAGAGUAUAUGAACAAUCGGGGUAUCCUUGGUCGGUUCUUUAGGCCGGUGUUCAAGUUUAUCAAUGCAUCCUGGAAGAUGUAUCCCCUUGGACUUUUGUUUGGUAUUGGGUUUGACACGUCUACCGAGAUCACUCUCUUGGGUAUUACGGCUGUCCAGGGUGCCAGUGGAAUGAACAUGUGGCUGAUCAUCUUACUCCCGCUCCUGUUCACUUCAGGCAUGGCUUUGAUUGACUCACUCGAUGGAAUGUUGAUGUUGUUUACAUACACCUGGGCCUAUGUCAACCCAAUCCGGAAGAUGUACUACAAUCUCAUAAUUACCUCGAUCAGUGUUGUGGUUGCCUGUCUUGUUGCGUUGAUUGAAUUUUUUGCGCUGAUUGGAGAACAGCUUGAGCUGGAGAAUGGCUGGUGGGAGUUUUGGUACACAUUGGCCGACAGCUUUGAGUGGAUUGGAAUUGUGAUUGUGGGGGCAUUUAUUGUGACCUGGCUUGUGAGUGCUAUUGUGUACAGAGUAAUGGGCUACAAGGACUUGGAGCGAGAAUUUGAUAACCACAAGCCACAGCAGGGUGAAAAAGGAGCUGUUGGUGUCGUUAUUGUUGAAGGUGGUACUAGUGGUGCUGCUGGUAAGAGCGAGGUUGAUUUAGAGGAAGGAAUGGCUGGCAUGGAGACCAAAGACGAAACAAGCAAAUCAACAGAACCCUUUGGAGGCCAAGAUUCUGAAAUUAUAAACGCCAUUCCUGAAAUAGAACCCAAAAGAAACUCGUUGGAAAAAAACCCAAUAGGCUAAAAAAGAAAAAAGAAAAAAAUUGGGUUAAUUUUCCUCUACAACACAUUCAUAUUUUCACACCCGUACUCAUGCUCAUAUUCACACACACACUCUCUCUCUUAUUUCAUUUAAUCCUUGUGUAUAAGUUAUACAGUUAUGUAUUGUAAAUAUAUUUUUUAAAAGAAACUUCUUUUUGUCAUGAACAGCUUUGUAUUAUUUCUACUCUUCUUGACUCCUUUUAAUUCUUAUAAACGUACGACUUUUGACACAAUCU